CGCCCCAAGAGCCACGGUCCCACUGCUGCCCCGGGAACCCUGAGGAACCCCGUCCGCCAUCCCAAGGCUGCCGGGGGCGGGAGCAGGCAGGAGUUAAGUCGGCAGAUCGAAAAGAGGAAGCAAAUGGCUGAGCUGGAGAAGAGGAAAGUGAUCUCCCAGGAGAAGCACCGCGCGUGGGUGCGGAGGAAGAAGGAGCAGAAAAGGAAAGAAACAGAAGAAAAAAUCAGUAAAGAAAUGGAGGAAAGAGCAGCAAAGGAGCUAGAGAAACAACAUUUGCAAGAAAAAGCAAAAGAAAAGUAUGAAGAAUGGUUACAGAGAAAACAUGCCGAAGACCGGGAGAAGCAGCAGAGAGCCAAGGAAGAAGAAAAGCAGCGGCAAGCCGAAUUACUGGAGAAAAAGGAGAUAGCUGAAAGGAAGUUUAAGGAAUGGUUGGAAAAUGCAAAAAACAAGCCCCGCCCCGCCGCAAAGAGCUACGGCUUUGCCAACGGGAGGCUCACAGGUUUUUACAGUGGAAAUUCCUACCCAGAGCCAGCCUUUUAUAACCCCAUUCCUUGGAAACCAAUCCACGCGCCCCCGCCCCACGCAGCCAGGGGCCUCUUGGGGAAGAAGAGCCGGCAGCUGGCAGGGCACCGGCUGCUCCCCGCGGUGUCACCCUCGUCCUCACUGGCUGCUCGCGGGGCCAGGACCGGCCUCGGCCUCGGGACUGUGUGCAGAGCCCGGAGAUAGCAGCGUGGACCCCUGCCUCCCAGCUCCUGGGUCCGCCCUGGUCGCUGGCCGCCCGGCCGGUGUGUGGUGUCUGCGGGACGGGGCAGGCUCCUGCUGGGCCGUGCCCAGCACCUCACUGUGCCCCCGGUUAGCGUGGCUGCAUCUGCGCGGUGAGAUCAAUAAAACAAGUUUCCUGUGUCCUUCCGU